AUGUCGUUACCUGAAGAAAACAAGCAAGUCGUACUUAACGAAAGACCUGCAAGGGGUCCCAUCAAUGAUAACACGUUCAAGACCCAGAUUGGACAAGUCAAAGAACCUGAAGAUGGUGAAGUUGUAGUCAAAGUGGAUUACGUCAGUAUUGAUCCAACGAUGAGAGGAUGGCUUAAUGAUACCAGAUCAUAUCUUCCUCCAGUACAAAUUGGCGCAGUCAUGAGAGCUACUUCAUUGGGUAAAGUCAUACUCUCAAAAGAUCCAAAUUUCAAACAAGGCGAUUUGGUAUUUGAUACUUUCGGUUGGCAAGAAUACUGGACUGGUCCAGGUAAAGCUAUCCAAAAGAGAGUGACACCGGAAGGUGGAAGAGAAAUUGAUCAUAUGGGAUUAUAUGGAUUAACAGGAAUGACAGCAUAUGUUGGUCUCUUCGAGAUUGGUAAGAUCAAGAAUGGUGAUCACGUAGUCAUUUCAGGCGCAGCAGGAGCUGUUGGACAAGUAGCGACGCAAAUCGCUAUUGCUCAUCCAAAAUGCACCGUGACAGCAAUUGCUGGAUCUAAAGAGAAAUUAGAUUACCUAAAGAAAUUAGGUGCUCAUAAUGUCUUGAAUUACAAAGAUUCAGAUUUCACGAAACAAUUCAAGAACGUUGGAUUGAUCGAUGUAUAUUUUGACAAUGUCGGAGGUGAAAUUCUUGAUCAAGCUUUAUCUCAACUUAAUCCUUAUGCUAGAAUCAUCGCCUGUGGUGCAAUUUCAGCCUACAACGCUGAGAAGCCCGCACCUCUAUACAACUACUUUAACCUCGUUUCUAUGAAAUCUACCAUGCGAGGAUUCAUCGUUCUUGAUCAUGCCAACAUGUUUAAAGAAGGAUCAGAGUACUUGGCUAACUUAGUCAAAGAAGGAAAGAUGAAAGCUGAUUAUCAUGUAACAUACGGAUUGGAUACAUGUGUAUCUUCAUUAAAAGAUUUAUUCGAAGGUAAAAAUACUGGUAAGAUGGUUGUCAGUUUGAAAGGUGAUAAAGAAGAAGCAAAAAGUAAACUUUGA